GACUUUUUACUUUAGGUUUUUUACUUAGGUUUUUUUCCCCCAAAUUUGUUUCUCUUUCUCUAAGCUGUCACUCUUCUUCUCUCUCUCUCUCCAUCCUCAUAGGCCAUCCUCACUAGUUGCCGUCGUCGCUGGAAUAUAGAAAACUCAAAGAUCAAGACGAAGAUGAAAAUGGUGGUGGAGACGACAUAGAAAGCCAGAAACCUCUUUCAGUGACUAAUGUGCCCACCUUGGGAGGUGCCACUGUUGACUGGUCCAAAUGGAAGCUCAAGUUUCGGCCUCAUAUUCUUGUUGAUGUAAGCAAGAUAGACAUGGCCACACCUGUUCUGGGCUUCAAAAUCUCAAUGCCCAUCAUGAUUGCUUCCAUAGCCAUGCAGAAGAUGGCUCACCCUGAAGGAAUGUACCUUUGGUGCUUCAGGCUGGACAUAAGUAUUGUUUGUUGGGCAAGCUUUCAUCUGAGGUUGGAUGGAACCACUAUGACACUAUUAAGUCGGAAAUGACAUUGUAAAGAGGUGUUUGCCCAAGUGGCCGAAGUAGUAAGAAUGCUCUCACAGACAUUCAAAUACGAUCAAGGCAAGCAAGGGACGACGAAGUUGCACAACUGAAGGCUUCCUUGGCUAAUAUGCAGGUGAAACUAUCAUCUUUUGAAGAAAUGAAGGAAAGACUUAGCCAAUUUGAAGAGAUGCAGCAAAGAAUGGCUCGCAUGCUUCAACAAAUGCAACAAAUAACUUCACAAUGCAGUCAGGAAUAGUAACCAGUUAUCAAGGAUUAAGCACAAAAAUCUAUAUAGAUAUUGUCCACGUUGUUUCAUCUGCACCCGGUAAAAGAGCUCAACACUAUCUUUUAUUGAACGCUAUCUUACCUAUGGUAGUGUGUGUUAUAUUUAUAGCUAACGUGGUAGCUCUAAAAAUUGAUGCUGUUGGACUUGGAGAACCUAGAAACAUGAGAGUAGCGUUCCUUUUAAUGUUUGUGAUAACAAUAUUUACUGGAGCUUAUUCAAUAAUAAGCAGUAGUUUAUCAAUUAAGAUAUUGCCUUGGGUCAAUGCCACUGUCAUCGGACUGUUCUUGUUGGCCCCGCUAACUGUCAUUCCAAUUGUAGAAAAAGUUAGAGAAAAGAGUAAUGGUGAUUUAGGCAGAAUGGAGAAAGAGGGAGAGGAUGACAAAGAAACUCAGGUUGUUGUUAGAGAAGAGAUUGUUGUUGUUAGAGAAGAGAUUGGAUGGAAGUUGAUGCUACAGAGAUUAAAUUUUUGGUUAUACAUUGUUGUUUAUUUUUUGGGUCCAACUAUUGGCCUGGUAUUUUUAAACAACUUGGGACAAAUAGUUGAAUCCCGUGGGUAUGCAGGAACUGCUUUUGUCCCUUUGAGUUCUUCCUUUGGAUUCUUUGGCCGUCUCAUUCCAUCCUUUAUUGACUACUAUAUAAGGCAUAAAAUUUCAAGACCAGCAUUAGUAGCAAUAUUAAUGGUUCCAGAGGCAGCAGCUUUCAUCUUACUUCUCAGCAGUGCCAACACCUCCCUCUUUAUCAGCACUGCCAUUAUAGGAACCUGUACUGGGGCAAUUUCUUCCAUUGCGAUAUCCAUCACGGCUGAGUUAUUCGGGACAGUGAAUUUCCCUGUAAAUCAUAAUAUUAUGGUUGCAAAUAUUCCAUUAGGAUCCCUCGUUUUUGGCCAGUUGGCUUCUCAUGUUUACCACAAGGAAGGAGUUCUAAGUGGAGAUGGAAAAUGCAUUGGAAUGGAAUGCUACAGAAGCACUUUCAUCCUCUAGGGUUCUCUUUGUUGUCUUGGUUUUUUCAUAGCUUUGGUCCUCUAUGCUCGUACACGGAAGUUUUAUUCACAAUGAUCUGGAUAGUGUAGGCAGCUGCUAGUUGUGGCUUUGUAGUAUUGAACUUUCUAUGUAAGCUAUUGAGAGACUUGAUUUGUAUCGAUACCAGUUGUUUCCUCA